AAGAACAAAGGGUAUGAAAGUGAAAUGAUUUUGGGAGGGGGGGCAUUUUUGUGUUCAAAACCAUGUCUUGGCAACUAAUAUUUUCCUUUCCAUGACUUUUCAAUGCUGAAAAACUACUCCAUGAGUUGGGGAUAAAAUACCCCUCUUCCCACUGAACAUUUAUUUCCCUUAGAUUAUAACUGGAUUGUAUGAUCAACAGUUCAACAAAUUUGGAUUUAGAGCUGAAAAUUUAGUUCUCCCUUAUGCUUCUAUUCUCAGCUACGUUGCUAUUUUUGGAUGCAUGAUCUAAUUAAGAUAAAUUGUGUCAAUGUGUGUAUUUGACUUUUUGAACUUUUGUGCAUUCUGGCGAAUGUGGAUUAAAUUAUGAUAAGGCUCACAUUGUUCGUCUGUAAUUAGGAUAAGACAUAAAAGAUAGAAGGCUUGGUAAUUCUUUUUGGCUUGGUUUCAAACUUAUGGGUUAAUGAUUGUAACAUCCAAUUCUUGAUAGAGAUACUGAAAGAGUACAUUUUCAAUGCUCUUUUGAUCUACUUGGUCAUAAUAUUUGGAAUGAUUAAAGUUUUCUUAUUUUUGCGCUAUACGAAGGAUGACAACUGGAAAGAAGCGACCGCAAGUUGUAAAAGGGUCUAAGGCAGGAGUAGAAGGGUCAAAGGCAGCAGUGGGAAGUACCCACACCAAUCCUUAUCUGUUUUUCCUUGACGCCUAUCAGAAAAAAGCCAAAGCUGCCAAUAAGAGUCCAAAGUUUAUAAUUACAUAGUAUAGCAAAUCAGCUGUGGAAGUAUGGAAUAAGGUGUCUGAUGCGGAAAAAGUGCCAUUUGUGGACAUGGCCAAAGAAAGAAAGGCCCGCAUUAACAAGCAUAUUCUGAAGGAAAAAAAGAAAAAUGGGUCGCUGGUAUUUCGGAGUCGGUGCUCGCCCUUAAAGUUGGUCAAAGUAAAUGAGGCAUUGACCAAAGACCAAAAAGAUGAUGUUGAAAGAGUGGGUUUUGGUUCAAUGCUUAAACUAAAGUGUAGAAUGUUGAACCGUGAAUUUAUAAGUCGGUUAGUUAAGCAUUUCAACCAUGUCACCAAGAGCUUGGAGUUUAGGAGGGUGAGGGUUUAUACAAUCACUCUUGAUAAUGUUCAAAGGGCGCUAGGGCUAUCUUGUGGAACGAUAGCAGUUGGAUUGUGAAGACCACCACUUUGAACACAUUAGGAAGAUGUUUGGGAAAGGAAAUAAACCGUUGAAGAGAGGAGUGACAUUUGCAAUGAUGCAACAAGUAUUCAAGACUGGGGUAGCUGAUGUGAAGUUUCAGACUUCGUACGUGCUUUUUGUGCUGUCUUGCUUAUUGUGUCCAACCACGAAGGAUGUGACCGCCACAAAAUUUUACCUGUCAGUGCAUGAUUUAUUGCAAACUCCUACAUAUGCAUGGGCAGAAUUUGUGCUUGAUUGGUUGGUGAAGGAAGUUGUGAAGUACAAGAAGAGAAGUGCCAAGGUUGUUGGUGGUAAGAAGGAUUCCGUUGGUGUUGCUGGUUGUGUGUUACUCCUAAUGCUUAUAUAUUUUGACAAACAACCAAUGGGUAUGAAGGUUGGGAGUGAAGGUGAGCCCAUGAUUCAAUCAUGGACAACAAAGUUAAUAAAAGAACGUAUUGCAAAGGAGGAGACGUUGGAGUUGGUAGAUCCAAUUUCUGAGCGAUUCCCUGAGCCUUCUUUUUGGCAUCCAUACACAAUUGCUGCCUUUCGUGAUUUGAAGAAAUAUUUCCUCAACCAAAUGCAACAUCUCUCUGUUUUGGACGCCGCCUUGAUGGGUGAUGUUCCUCAAACAUGCACACAAAAUCCGUCCAAGAGGAAGGCCUCCAUUAAGAGAAAGAAUCGAAAUGAAGAUGAUGUGGAGAUGGGUGAUGUACAUAUGGACUUGGAGAAAUUUCUGUCAACCUCCACUUUCAAUCUGAAGAAGGUUAGUGAUGGGGUUGAUAUGGAUGGCAGCCACGUGAGUGGCCUUUUGUUUGCCCGAAAAAUGCCGUUCUACUCUCUGGAGCACGUGGCAGCAAUGUUGUACAACAUGCGCAACAUGUGGAGGUACAAGAACAAACUGUGGUGGAAAAACAAGGUGACGAACAAGGUGAAGAAGAAGAAGAAGAAGAAGAGGAUGAGGAGGAGGAAGAAGAAGAUGAUGAUGAGGAUGAUGAUGAUGAAGGAGAAGGAGAAGGAGAACAAGAGGUUGAAAAAGAAGAACAAGUCCCAUUGACUCCGCCAUUGAACAAACGGCCGCGUACACGUCUUUAG